UUUCCAUAAACUAUCACCAUUUCCCUUUACUCGCAACUCUUUCCAAAUUAGCCCACUUAUUCUUUUUUCCUUCUUUCCUUUUGCUGCUGCCUCCUUUUUCUUGAAAAAAAAUCACAUCUUUCUUUCAUGGGGUGUUCUCUGAUGAGUUUUUGAACAAGUAAUUUUUUUUUAGAUUUUUGUGGGUUUGAUCUAAUGGGGAAUUGUUGGUGUGGGUGGGAACCUUUGAUUUACAGGGUCUCUUCUAACACAAAAUCUGAAUCCCCAGAUCAAGGCGACAGAGAGAAGGUAAGAAAAGAUGAGAGAAAACUGCCAUCAAAUCCAGAAGAAGUAGAAGACCUACGCCGGUGUACGUCGUCGAAGCCACUGACUGUUUUCACAUUCAAUGAGCUCAAGAGCAUCACUUCAAAUUUCAGACAAGAUUACCUGUUGGGAGGAGGAGGAUUUGGAAGUGUGUACAAAGGAUAUAUUAGUGAAGACAUACAAGGCCUUCAACCUAUCACAGUUGCUGUUAAGGUUCAUGAUGGAGACAACAGUUCUCAAGGUCACAGGGAGUGGCUGGCUGAGGUGAUCUUCUUGGGGCAGCUCUCCCAUCCAAAUCUAGUCAAGUUGAUUGGCUAUUGCUGUGAGGACGAACACCGGGUUCUCAUAUAUGAGUACAUGCCUCAUGGCAGCGUUGAAAACCAUCUCUUUUCCAGAGUGCUGCUCCCUUUGCCUUGGUCUACUAGAAUGAAGAUAGCUUUUGGUGCAGCAAAGGGGCUGGCUUUUCUGCACGAAGCAGAGAAGCCAGUCAUCUACCGUGAUUUCAAGACGUCCAACAUCUUGUUAGAUGAGGAAUACAAUGCGAAGCUCUCUGAUUUCGGCCUUGCAAAAGACGGGCCAGAGGGAGACAAGACACAUGUCUCCACGCGCAUAAUGGGAACCUAUGGAUACGCUGCACCUGAGUACAUAAUGACAGGCCACCUGACUCCGAGGAGCGAUGUGUACAGCUUUGGAGUCGUGCUUCUUGAGCUUGUGACGGGCAGGAAGUCCUUGGACCGGUCAAGGCCAGCACGGGAGCAGAACCUCACGGAGUGGGCUAUCCCGUUGCUCAAGGAGAAGAAGAAGGUGCUCGACAUCGUGGAUGCUAGGCUGGGAGGAGACUAUCCUGUAAAGGGUGUUCAGAAAGCAGCCAUGCUAGCCUACCACUGCCUCAACCGCAACCCUAAGGCGCGACCUCUCAUGCGAGACAUAGUGGAUUCGUUAGAGCCUCUGCAGCUUGAUGCAAAUGCAGCUCCGAACCAAUCUUUCACCAUAUAUACUACUACUACUACUACUAGUCCUAACUCUAAUUCUGGCUACUGAAACACCAAAACUGCUCACUCUAAUCUCUUUUGUUUCUUCUUUGUUUCUCAAGCUUGUUACUUUCUAUUCUAGUUUGUCCAGGUUAUUUCAUAGCAAGAAAUAGGCCGUGUAGAAAAUGAAAAGGGUUUCAUACAUACAGUAGAUAAUCUUCUUCUCU